UGAAAGGCCAAAACUCUAGUUAAUCAGUUUAAAAAAACUUGUUUUCCCCCAGCAACUUUAUGCCAUUAGAUGUCGCUGUGUCUGACUCCAGUACUGAAAUAUUGAAUAAAGAGUUGAUUUCCAGUGUGGUGUUCAAAUUUCAUUGUUCAAAUUUGUUUAAUUAUAUAUUCCAAUUCUUUAUCUUUUUCAUAAUUUCUUCGGUUAUCACAUCCUUAGCAUGCCUUCUGUUUCAAACCCCAAUAAAGUUGAAAAAUCAACUUUAUCUGACCCUCACCAAGAGCCUCUUUCCAAGGUUCAGCUCUUGGUAGAUAAAAAGAUCCGUAACUUAGAAAAGAGAAAGUCUCGUCUGGAGCAGUAUAGAGCUGAGGCUAAGUCCGGAAAGGAAUUAAAUCUAGACCAGAAGAAAGCUGUUAAAAGAUAUGAUGAAGUCACUGAGAUGUUGGACUUCUUCCGAGAAUUCCAGAAAAAUGUCCAAUCUAUCUUUGCUGAUCAUGCUAAGCAGAUGAAAAAAUUAGCAAGAAAAGAACGUCCUACUAGAGAUCCUAAAGAAAUAGAACGUUUAAGAUUAGUUUUUCAAUUUCAAGAUUUACUUGGAAGUCUGAAUGCUGAUGUUAAAAAUGAUUUCUUGAACGGAACUAAUGGAGCUACUCAAAUUACCGAGGAGAAGCUUCAACAUCUGGAAGAAUUCAGCAAACUGAUUGACUCUGAGAAAAAUAAAGUUGAUGAGACUUCUAAUAAACCACAUAUUAAGACGGCAGAACGUUAUUUAGCCUUGGUCGAAGGUGUACGAUCAGAUGCGUUCAAAGGAACAUCUUACAAGGAAUUGAAAGAAACUUUAACUUCCAUCAACGAAUGUGGAUAUUUUAACGUGUCCGUUCAGAAGUCUGUCUCUAUCAAUCUAGGAACAUCAGCGGUCAGUAAAUCAAGUCUAUCUUCUGCAACCAGUCAACCCCAGCAGCAGCCUCAAGUCGCAGAAAGUGGUAAUAUUUCUAGGGUAACAGACGUAGAGGAAAUUAGUAGGCCCAACUUCGAGUCUAGCCCCAUCCAACCUACAGUACCCAGUGAUUCUCAAAUACCUUCUAAAUCUGAUAUCAGUGGAGGUAACAAAUAUCACCAGUCCCAACAACCUCAGCAUCAGAAUAAACCUAGGAAUUCUAAUUCCAACCAACCUGGUAUGAACGAGAUGUUAUCCAAUGUUGGAGGUCCUGGUUCAGUAUCGAAUAAUACUGUCACUGCUGCCCCUAACAGUUACAAUUUCUUGCAAGAGUCUCGCUUAGAAAUGGAGAAUGCACCUCAUAUGGACCCUGCUGUAGUCGCUAUGGCACCUGUAGCUGGUACAUAUUCGACACCUUAUGGAAAUAAUCAGAGUGUGGAAGCCUUAGCAGCACAAUUUGCAUCCACAGGUAUUCCACCAAUGUCAUCAGUGACCAAUAACAUGACUAAAGGUGUUACAACCUAUGAGAAUGCUGGUCCAACACAUCAACCUAUACCAACUCAAACUUUCACUAACCAAAGGUUUACGGCCAUGAUGACUGGUGGGACUUUCGUGCAACCAGUUCCCAUCGCAAAUCCAUCAUUACUUGGCCUACCUGUACAAUUAACCGGUCAAUCCUUGGCCUCUCAUCCGAGUGGCACCAAUGAGCAAAUGACUCAAAAUCAACCUAAUAAUGAUAAUAACCAGAGUCAUGGAAUGAGUAUUGGUAAUAUGUCUCAGAACAUGUCUGGCUAUGGACCGGAGGCUAACUUUACUCAGUAUCAGGCUUCUCACCAUCACGAUAACUCUAAUACUAGAAUUAAUCAAGGACCUAGUCGAGAUAAACAACACUACCAAGGUGAUGAUAACGCUGCACAAGGUGGUUAUGGGUCAAACUAUGGACGAUUCCGUCGAGGUGGCGGCCGUGGUGGUGGAGGUGAUCGAAACGCUGGCCCUCCACGCUCCAACAAGUACAACUCUGUCAACGGUUACAGCUCCCGUGGACGAGGAGGUGGUUCAGGUAUCCGAAGCUCUGGCAAACCUCAGGAUAAACCCAAGAAUGUCACUGAUAAUCGAAAUGUUUCGAAUCAAUGGUCUUAAGAGUCCUAACCUUAACAUCUUUUCCCUUGAGUAAUAACCUUAAGAAUUCCUUUCUCACGUGAAAACCUCGUUUAAUCGAGUUUUUCCAUUCUGAGCCCAGCAACAACUCCGAAUUCCUCUUCUAUUGCUCUCUACCUUUUCUGGUUCCCUGAUUUUUUUGAACUUACCCUAAUUCAGUUUUCUCUCCCUCUUCCUCUCCUGUGCUCAUUGUUCCCUUUUCAGAGCUUGAUCAAGAAGCAUUAAAAUAAAAACGAUUCGCUUUCAGUGAAAAAGAAUAAAGUAGAAA